CGUGGAACUCUGCCGGGCUUGCCGAUGGUCCCCUGAGGUAUCGAAUGCGAUGGUAUUUACCAAGUACUGCAAUAACAGUUUCAGUCUUGUUCUUGUGCAACCUCAAGGAUUUCUCCCCAAAGCCGAACUAUUUCGCAGAUCGAAUCACGAUGGCUACCCAUCAUACACCACCAUCACAGAAGUCACAGCUACCACCGCCAGAUACAGCCCUAGUCCCUCGCCACACCUCACAAUCUGAUUAUCGCACGGGAGACCUGAAGCUAGGCCGCGAGGCUGUUCUCGCUGAUUUGGAAAGGAUAUGCGCGACGACUUAAUUCAGAGGGAGAUUCUCACUGAAAACGAUCUGAAAUGGAAGGCCUUCAUUCGACCUGCGAACUCGAAGAGGUCCGAAGAGGGGGAACCCAUUGAUCUCAAGCUCAUUCCCUCCAAAAAGCCGCAUUUAUCUGCUAUGGUCGACGUACCCGACAGUGGUAGACUGUCUGUCUUCCUUCCCGCACAAUUAGGCAUUGUUGGGCGAAAGGAUGCACAGAUCGCACAGAGAGUCCACGCGCGCAUUGCGUUUGAUGAUGGCGGAGUCGCUAUCAAGGAUGGGAUCUCUCUGGCCGACAGCCUGAGAUGCUUGUCUGGCGGACUGAAGGGCCUAUAUUAUUUGCAUAAGGCAGGCAAACUGGGUGACUUCGAGUACGCGCAAGAGAUAGAUCCAAACACUUCUCACGACGUUCGAACGGGAACAAUGCAUUUCAUGGCCAUAGAAGUAGAACGUCAGAAGUACAUUUUCCAACCCCGGUCCACUGCAUCUGGGAGAACACUUCGUGCUACAAACCUCCCGCCCCCCCCUCCAUUCCGCAUGAACUUCCUGCACGACAUCGAAUCUGUAUGGUGGGCAUAUACGUGGAUCUUCUUUUAUCACACGGACACGAUCACGGCGAACUCCCACGAUUCCUUUGAUGUGGAUGCGCAGUUGAGACAAUACCAGCUGGCGUUCCCUGGUGCGAUUAGCCAGGAAACACGCCGGGACUUCUUCACUCGCAUCACAGAACUUCAGCGCACCUGCGAAUCUGUCCUUUCAGAUAGAUGCCUUGAUGUUUGCCAUAAUAUUGGGCAUUUUGCAAGUACUCUUCAAGACAGUCAUGAAAAGGCAGAGAAAAAGUACCCCUCGCUCAUGCUUGAUGACUCCCUUCGGGAAGAUAUGCAUGCAAAAGCCGCAGAAUAUUUCGAUGAUGCGCAAAAAGAAGCUGGUGAUAUCAAACUUUGUCGGCUCUUCAACCUCCUCAAGCAGAAGAGGCCCCGAGAAGAAGGUGAAACGUCGCCUAUGCCAGAUAAUGCGGGGAAAAGGAUCCGACAGGGUUGA